AUGGCCGAGCUGGGGAGCAAGGGGGUUACCGCCGGGAAAAUCGCCAGCAACGUCCAGAAGAAGCUGACCCGGGCGCAGGAGAAGGUCCUUCAGAAGCUUGGGAAAGCGGAUGAAACAAAAGAUGAGCAGUUUGAACAGUGCGUGCAGAACUUCAACAAACAGCUGUCUGAAGGUACGAGGCUGCAGAAGGACCUCCGAACUUACUUGGCUUCCGUAAAAGCCAUGCACGAGGCCUCCAAGAAGCUGACAGAGUGUUUACAGGAAGUUUAUGAGCCGGAUUGGCCUGGGAGAGAUGACACAAAUAAAAUAGCAGAGAACAAUGAUCUUCUCUGGACAGAUUUCCAUCAGAAGCUGGUGGAUCAGGCACUUCUGACCAUGGAUACGUACCUUGGCCAGUUUCCAGAUAUUAAAUCUCGUAUAGCAAAGCGAGGAAGGAAGCUUGUGGAUUACGACAGUGCCAGGCACCACUUCGAAGCCCUGCAGACUGCAAAGAAGAAGGACGAAACCAAAAUCGCAAAGCCUGUUUCGCUGCUUGAGAAAGCCGCGCCUCAGUGGUGUCAAGGGAAGCUACAAGCUCACCUCGUUGCGCAAACUAAUCUGCUCCGAAAUCAGGCUGAAGAAGAGUUAGUAAAGGCUCAGAAGGUGUUUGAAGAGAUGAACGUUGAUCUGCAGGAGGAGCUGCCUUCACUAUGGAACAGUCGUGUUGGUUUCUACGUCAACACAUUCCAGAGUAUAGCAGGCCUAGAAGAGAACUUUCAUAAAGAAAUGAGCAAGUUGAACCAAAACCUCCAUGAUGUCCUGCUGGGUCUAGACAAGCAGUACUCAGGCAAUGCCUUCCCCGUUAAAGCACAGCCCAGUGACAGCACCCCAGCGAAAGCAAAUAAAAGCCCCUCGCCUCCACCGGAUGGAUCUCCCAUCACCAGCCCUGAGACCAAGACUGUGAACCAUGAGCUGGAACCGUCCACUUUGGAAGCGCCUGGUGCAAGCAUCCCAAAGUCACCAUCUCAGUUGAGGAAAGGGCCUCCGGUGCCUCCGCCUCCAAAAGUCACCCCCUCCAAGGAGAUCAAGCAGGAGAACAUCAUCAGUCUGUUUGAUGACAAUUUUGUCCCUGAGAUAAGUGUGACAACCCCUUCGCAGUUUGAUGCCCCUGGGCCUUUCCAGGAGGGAGCCAGCCUGUUGGAUCUGGAUUUUGAUCCCAUUAAACCAGAUGCCACUGUGGGGAAGACCCCCACACCUGCCUCCCAGUCUUUACCUUGGGAUUUAUGGGAGCCUGCAGAAGCAGCCCAUGCAGGAGCUGAAGCAGCUGGAUCAGAAGCAGCAGCUGGAGCUGAAGCAUCUAAAACUGAAGCAGAUUCAGGAUCGAGCUCUCUGCCUGCUGUUGUUGUGGAAACUUUCCCUCCUACCGUCAAUGGCACUGUGGAAGGAGGUGCUUCAUCUGAAAGAGCUGACAUGCCCCCGGGAUUUCUGUUCAAGGUCCAGGCCAUGCAUGAUUACACGGCCACCGACAGUGACGAGCUGCAGCUGAAGGCUGGGGAUGUGGUGCUUGUGAUUCCAUUUGAGAACCCUGAGGAGCAGGACGAAGGAUGGCUGAUGGGUGUGAAGGAGUCUGACUGGAUUCAGCGUAAGGAACUUGACCAAUGCCGAGGGGUUUUCCCAGAGAAUUUCACAGAGCGGGUGCAGUGAAAGCCCAAGCCCACCAGCCGCAUUUCUGCUGGAAGAAAGCAAGUUUUCUGGUAGAUAAUUGAAAAAGAACAGCGGAAUGAAAAGAAGAGAGAAUUUUAAAGGAACAGAAGCCUGAAAAAAAAAGUCAACUUAAACAGUGUGUUCUUCUCAAAGGGCAAGGUUUCAGAAGUAAAUUGAAAUUGAAAGUGUUAUCAAAAUAUAUACAUAUUAAUAAUAAUAAGGCAAGUCAAAUACCCUCUUCCGCCUUUGGUUUUAACAGCAUUUGGAAUCAGAGGACUGAUGCAGAAGCAACUGAGUGUGGUUCUCUAAAUACUGCAUUGACUUAAUUGGCGAGAUGUCAGUUUGAUCCCUGGAAAGGCAGUAUUUGUCUAAUGGCUUGAGAGUAGAAAGCUGCAUUUGCUCUUGGGUGGGUUCAUCUGUUUUGUCUUGAAGGUGGCUUGCAUGGCAACCAUAAAAAUUCAGCCUUCCCUAUAUGUUCAACCUACAGUAGGCCAACCUUUCUGUUAUGCUGUUGAAAAAAAUAUUUAGUGUAUAGUGUUCACCAAUACAAUGUAUGUGUGUGUGCGUUUGUGUGUAUUUUAUUUUCUUCCUUUAAAACAAUGUUACGCAAACUGUGAUUUUGUACAGACAGAACAAACAACA